UAAAAACCUGAAUGACAUUUGUCAAACAUCAAACAAUUAACAGCACACAAUAAACACGGAGAUUUUUCACGAAUUAACAAAUAAAUCGAUCGAGGAAUUGUCGCCGAAACGCAAUCCAUCGCCGGAUCAAAGUCUGCAACACAUCUGCGGUGCUGGGACGGCCGCAGCGACGGCGGACUCUCGCUGGCAUAACCUUACAUGACCUGUCAAGUGAAACUAAUUGUCCUGUGAGGCAAAUUGUUGUUACAAAACAACGACGAGUCUUGAAAACGCGUUGUGUAACUGCGGCCGGAGCUGCUGGGGCCCACAAUGUGCGCGCUGUCAUCGGUGGCAACAGUGCUGUUUUGGGUGUGAGAUGUAAACAAGUGACUCUGAGGAGUGAGCACUGGGCAUCAAUGAAGAACUUACACACAGCCAACAUGAUCAGGAAUCCCAGGCUGAAUGGCUUUACAAAGACAACAUCUAAGGUGGAGAAGGCACUGCAUGUUAAGAGCAAGCCUGAUGUGUUGACUGACACAAGUUUGAUGAGUUUGGUCAGUGAGAAGGCACAGAUUAUUGAACAAAUCCACAAGCAAAAUGAUGAGACUAAACAACAGCUACCUUUGCACAGUAUUAUAGGAAUAAGUACCGACGAGAAAUUGUUGAUAAAAGCGGCAAAGAAACCGCGCACGAAGAAAGUGAACAAAUUCGGCCCGCACCAUGAAACCCUCCAGCGGAUAGAAUGUAUCAAUGAGGAUCAGUACAAUCAUUACCAGAAGCACUGGUUCAGCGCCGGUCUGGAGCGAUUGAAGAUCGAAGACAGAUCGCGCGAGGAGCGAUUGGAAAUCACCCGCUAUGAGCUCAAACGCCACCUUAAGCAGCUGAUGCGCGCCAAUGUUGGCCGAGAAGCGCCCUUACCGCAGCUUUUUGACUGGCGAGAAGUGGUUCAGCGUCAUCAGCGCGAGCGACGGAGUCGUGCAAGCAGCACGCGCUUAGUUCGACCGGUAAAUUGCGAUGCCGAUGGCUGCAAGAAACCGGCGCUGCCGUGCGCUCGCCAAUGUCCUUUACAUAUUAUGCGCAAUCCCGAUCAGGUGCUAUUCAACGCGUGCACCGCCAAAUUCGCCGACAAUACCCAGUGUUCCGUUCCAGUGUUCGACGUUUUGCACGAACUACCUCUAUGUAUCGAGCAUGCUCGAAAACGAGACAAUUAUAAAUUGUACCAAGAUGCGAAACCAAAGAAAAUCCGAAAAAAAUCAAAACCCAGCGCGAUGAUUCGACCCCAAAAGCGGACCAAGAAGAAAAAGAAGCCGCCGACAACACCGCCAGGCGCCACACUACCGCCUCCCGCAUUAAAUUCCGUUUCCACCUCAGUGGACGCUACCAUCGAGACGAUUGAAGUUCCUAACCCGAGUAAUAUCCUCGACGCGACGGAGAUCGCCGAUGAUCUCAUGACGGACGUGCCCGAAGAUGUCACCGAGGAUCUCGUCAAUGACGAGAUGGUGAAUCAAGUGCUCGCGAUGCAGGAGCCGGACGCGUUGGGUCAGGUGCUCGCCAACCAGGCGUCGCAUCUUCUCGAAGAAACCGACAUCUCGAACGUGCUCAGCACGAUACAAGCGGACGAAUUCAACGAUUUCUUCACGGUGAAUCGCAACGGCGACUAUGAGCCGACACGCGAGGAAACCGAAGAAUUGGAGCGUGCGCUUGCUGCGGUUGACAAUGACGUCAAAUCCCUGGAGAAACUCAGCCAGACGCAGGGACUGCUCGAUAACUUCCUGGACGAUCACAUGGUGGAGUCGUUUGUGCAAUCGAGUAUCGUCUCCGACGUGUUUCACAACGGAUUCAACACCUGCGGCGAGAAUAUUAUGGUUGGGCAAACGUCGCGGUUGCUCUCCGUGCAGCAGAACUCUCAUUCGUAAUCCACGCUCUUUUUUUCAAAGUGGAUGUUUAACGAGAAAACAUUUGGGAGUUGGAGGGUGUGCAAGUGUGCGUGUUGAAAAACAUAAGUGUAGCGAUGUCAGUCAGGCAUAAAUUUAACUCGUAACUAAAGAAACAAAAAAAAAAUUACUAAAAAAUUAGAACAAAAAUGCAUCCAGUGCAUUGUAGGCAAAUUCAGGGCGUGAUUUUUCAAUGUUAAGCUAAGGAACUACUAGGAAUUAGACGAUUAUAUUCGCGAUGUGUGUCGAAAUUGUUAUUUUUUUAAACUGGCAACGACACAAAUUGAUUUUAGAAGUCCCUAUCAGACGAGUUGGGUUCAUUUUUUUGGGGAUACGAGGUGGGUCAAGGCACAAAAUUGAUGAAAUUGUUGUGUUGACGUGGAUUUGGUUAAUUUUAGACUGCAGCAGUGAAGAUAAAAUACGCUUUGUACAUUUUUUUAAACCGAAUCAAUUUUAGUGAUUAGUUUUUUGCACCCAGCGCGCGCGUAUCACACAAUCGAAUAUUUUAUUUUGGUAAUACAAAUUCAUAAAUAAAACAAAACGAAUGAAAAUUGUGGAUAUUUGUUGUUCAGCUUGAAGAUAUCUUCUGGGAAAGGUUGAUGGAAACGCUUUUGUGGAUAUAACUUUAAAUGCACCGCCAAAAUUUAAUAUUUUUUUAAAUUUUAGUUUCUACAUCACACCUCAAACACUCCUUUUUGGUUUGGAUAGAAUUACUGAACUUGUAGCGCCGUUCGCAAACAAAAUUAUUUAGAUUGUGAUUAUUUUCUUUAAUAUUUUGAAGGAAAACUAAUGUACACUUUAUUUUUGUAAGCAAAUCGCAUCAAAAUCGGUGCUGGAAUCUCAACAUGUUGAAAAAAUUAUACUUAGGCAAAUUGGUGUGCACGAAUCGGUAAAUUAGGUUAUAAAAUUGUCCGACAUUGUUUCUCACUACGAUGUGCAGCUUUAAAACUUAUAACAAAACACGUAGAACUCAAACAUUGUGAUCGCAACCUCCACGAUUACGACACUCACAAGAUGGCCGUCAAUAGAUGAUGGCCAUCUUGAAAGUACGAGAAACUCUUGGAAACUAAUGGGAUAACAAAAAACGGAGACAAAUGAAUAAAACGCAUUUGAUUAGUUUGUAAUGUCUGUAACGAAAUACGCUUCUCUCUAUUUAUUUUUAAAUUUAAUUUUACCGUCGCUAGGGCGUCAGGAGCGGAAUUAUUGCAUCAAUAAUUCAUCUCGCAACAAUUCGUCAGUGUUUGCAUUCUGCAAAAUAAACAAAACACAGAUGAAUCAUGUAAAAUAUUGUAUAGAUACCAGGAUGUGACGAGAUAAUACUUUUAGUUGAGGUUUGUAGUUUGAUUCAAUUGUUUUCCGCCAUCAACACAACAACUAAAAACAGGAAUAACAUUUCGUCCAUUUUGAAAUAUCGUCAUGACUUGUUAGAAACACCUCUCGGGAAAACAGUGAAUCGAAAACAAUUGAACAAACGCAACUUCAACUGCUUAUUGUACGAAUUUACGUUUUAUGUUUCUGUUCGUUAUAAUUCACGACUUCACUGAUUAGCAUUUCUGUAAGCACCACCAAAGCAGUGCAGAGAACAAGAGCAGAUUUAAACUACAAACAGGGCUAAAUGUUUUUGAUAUCGUCUAUGUUGUCUCUGUAUUUAAUGUAAACAUGCAACACACAUUUCACUUAUAAAUCCGGAUUUGAUAUUUGGUAGAGAUUUUGUUGUGCGUGAAACAAAUGAAUGUGAGCAAGCGUCGAGAGUGCGCAGUGGGUGAAACUUUAGAAAUUAGCGUAAUUAAUGAUAUCAAGAAGACGAAAUGACUAUAGAUUACCAUUAAGUGCGACGGUUAAAAAUUGGAAAAAAUGGUGAAACGUGUAAACAAACAAAAAAAAACAGGAUAAAACUAAAAAUGAACAUUUUACGAUACGUGUACAUAUAUACUGAUCAUGAUCAAUUAAACUUUAAGUUGUAGAA